UAAUAGCCAAGAUGUGUACUAUGGUCAAGAAAUGGCAGACACUGAUCGAGGCUAACGUGGAUGUCAAGACCACUGAUGGCAACCUGCUGCGAGUGUUUGUCAUUGGCUUCACAAAGAAGAGGAACAACCAGGUCAAGAAAACAUGCUACGCCCAACAUGCUCGGGUCAAGGCCAUCAGGAAGAAGAUGGUGGAGAUCACUACAAGGGAAGUUUCUACGAAUGACAUGAAGGAAGUCGUCAACAAGCUCAUCCCCGACAGCAUUGGCAAGGACAUUGAGAAAGUCUGCCAGGGCAUCUACCCACUACACGAUGUGUUGGUUCACAAUGUGAAAGUGCUGAAGAAGCCCAAGUUUGAUGUUGGCAGAUUGAUGGAGCUUCACAGAGAGGGCGGGCCCACAACUACCAUAACCAAGACUACCACAGAGAGCGGGGAGAAGGUCGACAGAGUUGAAGGCUAUGAACCUCCCGUUCUUCAGACAGUCUAG